AUGAGAAAGAAUAUGAGCAGAGGCAGAGCCUCCAAGGGACGAGGGCCAUGCUCAUCUCUGCAAAGAAUACGGAAUUUCAUGCACAGCAGAGCUAGGCCGGCUAAAAUUGUAUUGUACAAGAAAGGCAUAGUUUUAUUUUCUAUGCAAGUUCAUGGCUUAGAUUCAAGGAAGCUUGAUGAGACCCCCGUGCCUGGACCAACUGAAGAGAAGUGCUCGCCAUGUAAUCCAAGUCCUCCACCACCAUCACCACCCCCUCCGAUAUUGUGUCCCCCACCACCAUCUCCACCUCCACCAGUGUUGCCUCCACCGACUCCAAAGAAGCCGCCAUCAGGUUCUAACUGCCCUCCACCUCCACCCCCAUCAUCGUUUAUUUACAUGACUGGUCCGCCAGGGAACUUGUACCCUAUUGACAACAGUUUCGGUGCUGCUAGCCGUCCAGCCGUGGGUUUGCAAGUUUUGAUUGGAUGUGGAUUGUUUGGAUUGUUCGUGAGGUUCGGCCUUUAA